UGUAACGGGUGAGGUGAGAAUGCGAGCAAUCGCUGGAAUCACUUGCGAAUUGGAACUUUGAUAGAUAAGUUGCACCUGGAUCACAGGUGGAACUGCACUUUGCCAACUACUGAACUAAACGCAUUUAAAUCGUCGCGAAUUAAAGAAUCAGCCGAAUUAUGCAACGCAUUGCUAUUAUUGGAGGAACCGGCAUGACCGGCGAGUGUGCCGUCGAUCACGCCCUGCUGAAGGGUCUGUCGGUGAAGUUGCUAUAUCGGAGCGAAAAGACAGUUCCAGAACGAUUCAAGUCGAAAGUUGAACUGGUCAAGGGAGAUGUGACCAACUACGAGGAUGUGCAGCGCGUCAUCGAGGGCGUGGAUGCGGUGGCCGUCAUCCUAGGCACCCGCAACAAACUGGAGGCCACCACGGAGCUAUCCCGCGGUACUGAGAACCUCAUCAAGGCCAUGAAAGAAGCCAAGCUGACUAAAUUCUCAAUUGUCAUGUCCUCGUUUCUGCUGCGUCCGCUCAACGAGGUGCCCGCUGUGUUCCAUCGCCUGAACGAGGAGCACCAGCGCAUGCUAGACCUGACCAAGGCUUGCGACCUGGACUGGAUUGCCAUUCUGCCGCCGCACAUCGCCGAUGAGCCGGCCACCGCCUAUACCAUCCAGCACGACGAGGCCCCCGGUCGUCUGGUGUCCAAAUACGACCUGGGAAAGUUUAUUAUCGACAGCCUGGAGCAGCCGGAGCACUACCGCAAGGUUUGCGGCAUUGGCAAAAGCCCUAAAAGUGCCUAAAAUUAUCCAUCAUCCAAUGGGAUUGUGACCAAUUGCAGCUGAUCAUUGAAGACGUACAAAUUUAAUUUGAUAUUCCUGUCGUAGUCCUCUAUAAUUCGCCAAAUGUAUACAUACCCGCAUCCGUAUGUACUGUGAGCGCACAAUAAAACUUUCCAUUUUAGAAGAUCCGAA